AACAACAUCCAUCUCGCUCCAGUUCAAUUUAGUAUAUAUCCACCAGACUACAUAAUGAAGGCCGUAACCAUGUCUCGAGGCUGUUUGUCAGCUUCACGCAAUCUCACGCCGGUUUUCACGCAGUCCACCCGGGCUCCCCUUUGUUCUUUCACUACCACAAGGCCAGCAUCUUCUGAAAUGGACGCCGCAGCGUUCGGCGAGCAACACAUUGCCAGAGGAAUUGGGCGUCUCACCAAGCACGUCUUUGAAGAUGGAAAAGGCUCAUACAUCACGACCGACAAGGGCGUCAAGCUCCUCGACAUGACGGCCGGAAUUGGUGUCUUGAACGUCGGCCAUUGCCACCCCAAAGUCAGCGCAGCGGCAGCUGCACAGUGCAUGAAAAUCACCCACGCACAAGUCAACAUUGGCUUCAGCGCGGCUCAGAUUGCUCUUCUCAAAGAGCUGGUUCCCAUCCUUCCCCACAAGUCUCUCGACACCGUCUUCCUAUGGAACUCUGGAGCCGAGGCCGUCGAAGCAGCCGUGAAGCUGGCUCGCGCUGCCACGAAAAAGCAAAACAUCAUUGUUAUGCAAGGCUCGUACCACGGCCGGACAAAUGCCACUGCCUCGAUGACACGCUCCAAGACCGUCUACGGUGAGGGCCACGGACCGUUGAUGGGUGGAGUGUUUGCAACAGCCUUUCCAUACUACAGCCAGCUUGGCCUCCCUGUCGAUACACCGCAAGAGAAGCUCAUAGAACUGGCACUGCUACAAAUGAGGCUCACCCUGCAACAGCAAACUGCCCCCUCGGACACGGCCGCCAUCAUUCUGGAGCCUGUGUUGGGAGAGGGCGGCUACGUCCCCGCGCCCCCUGAGUUCCUGCACGGACUAAGGCAGAUUUGUGACGAGAACAACAUGCUCCUUAUUGCCGACGAAGUCCAGUGCGGCAUGGGCCGCACAGGACGCAUGUGGGCGGUACAGGAAUCCGGCGUGCGGCCAGACAUUCUCAUCUUCGCCAAGGGCAUUGCAAACGGUUUCCCACUGUCCGGCAUUGCCAGCCGAAAGGAGCUCAUGGACGCCCAGAAGCCGGGAUCCAUGGGCGGCACAUAUGCCGGUAACGCGGUGUCGUGCGCCGCCGCACUGGCAACUAUCAAGGUGUUUGAGGAAGAAAAGGUGCUCGAGAACACGGCUGCACGCUCCAAGCAAAUCUUCUCCUUCCUGCAGAACCUCAAGGCGUCCGGUACCAAGGCCGGCAACCUGAUCGAAGACAUCCGCGGAUCGGGUCUCAUGGUCGGAAUCCAGUUUUCCAACUCGAGCCUCCAGUCAGGGUCGUCGAAUGCCGCUGCAGCAGACGCCAAGAGCCAGUCGCAGAUAGCGCCAAAGGUUGUCCAGGAGUGCGUCAAGCGCAACAUGCUUCUCCUCAGCACCUCGGUAUUCGACGUCGUCAGGUUUAUCCCACCGCUCACCGUGACGGAGCAGGAGUUGCAGCAGGCCUGCGACAUCUUCAAGGAGUCUCUAGAGGCCGUAGCCAAGGAUCUGUGAGAGUCGCUGUACAUACAUAAUUUUCUCACGAGCGCGUUUGCAUUCACCAAGUACGCGUUACUUGGCGCGCACAGCCAACCCCCUCCAUUCAUGAAUGUUUUUCUUAUCCAUUCAAAGCGCUUACGUACCGUAUAUAUGCUUGAAUGGAACAAUCAGGUUGUCGUUGCAAACGCUCAUCUC